AUGGUCCAUGAUCUCACGGUGGUGGACGAGGACGUGCUAAACUGCGGCGUCUGCUUUCUCCCGCUGAAGCCACCCAUCUUCCAGUGCGCCGUGGGAUAUGCGUUGUGCUCGUCGUGCUCCGACGAGCUCAAGGAUGCCCGAAAGUGUCACCUGUGUGGUGUCGCCAUGCCCGGCGGCUACCAACGGUGCCACGUCUUGGAGCGGGUGGUGGACUCCAUCCGCAGCCCGUGUCCGCAUGCGGCCUACGGCUGCGAUGCGACGCCCGUGUAUCACGCCGGCGAGGAGCACCUCCGGCAGUGCCCGCAUGCGCCGUGCCACUGCCCCGCCGGCGACGGCUGUAGCUUCGUCGGCUCUGUAACGACGCUCGUCGAGCACCUCACGGCGGCGCACAGCUGGCCGUGCACUGCCGAGGACCGUCCCGGCUAUACCUUCGACGUCAACCUCCGUGAUGGCUUCAACUUCCUCACCGCGCGCCGUCCGCAGCAGUGCAAGUACUGUUGGCAAGAAUUGAUCACAAACACACGAGUAUGA